AUGUCAUCUGAUCAGGUUACCCAUAUUCUAAACUAUCUUUCUAACACCAAAUCUUUACCAGUAUCAAGGACUUGGAUCUCCAACUUCAUCUCUUCCCAGAGAUCGACUUCUGUCCCAUUGCCAGCACUUACUCAAACGGCACUGUUUCGGUUACUUGCCUCCGACUUCACCAUUUCCCUAGCUCCAACAAUUACCCACCUUCUUCCCCCUCGUAUUUCGGACCCAGGCGUAAAGGAGAUAAAAAUAUCAGGCCCUGUCCCUCUACAAGUGCUGGACAUUGAGGACAUUGGAAACAGCUUGUGGAGCCAAAUUGAAGCCAUAGAACAGGUAGAAAGAGGAGAAACUACAAGGGGAAAAGAAAUUAUUCGCACUGUUACAAGGGAUGAAGGUGGAGACGUGACUGUAGGAACUAAUGAUGCAAACUCGAGCUCGGUGUCGCAGCAAGAGGCAGGCAAUGCUACAAGCUCUGCAGGCCCGCAUCGACUUAUUCUUGAAGAUGCGAGUGGGGAAAAAGUAACCUCGUUUGAACUGAAGCCAAUUGCGGGCAUUGCUAUCGGGAAAUUGCAUAUCGGCGCAAAAUUACUAGUCAAAAAUGCAACUGUUGCACGGGGAAUGUUACUUCUCGAACCACAGUGUGUCACUGUACUGGGCGGUAAGGUUGAAGUUGCAGAUGCAGCAUGGAAGGCGGAGAGAAAGGAUAAAAUGCUUGCUAGAGUGCAGCAACUUCAGCCACAAUAG